UGAAGGCUGCAAAAUGGCAUAAAAAGGGAACAAAGCACUAAUUUUUAUGCCCCCAUUUGACAUUUUCUUAUAAAAAUAUUUGCUGUUCUUGUCCUCUGUCGAAGGAAUUUUGGGUUUCACACAGACCCAGAAGAGGGGGAAGAAGAAGAAGAAGAAGAAAGAAGAACAGAGUGUGAAGUUUAAGGUUCACCAUGACUGUGGAGGAUCGAAGAGCUAAUUUGGUGGGUGAAAAUGGGGUUAUGGAUCAGUUUCCUAUUGGUAUGCGUGUUCUUGCUGUGGAUGAUGACCCCAUUUGCCUUAAGGUUUUGGAGAAUUUGCUUCGUAAAUGUCAAUAUCAUGUUACAACGACGAAUCAGGCGAUUCAGGCACUUAAAAUGUUGAGGGAAAACAGAAACAAGUUUGAUUUGGUUAUCAGUGAUGUGAACAUGCCAGACAUGGAUGGUUUUAAGCUCCUCGAGCUCGUAGGCCUUGAAAUGGACCUACCCGUUAUCAUGCUGUCUGCGCAUAGCGAUACCGAGCUUGUAAAGAAGGGAGUUUUUCAUGGUGCUUGUGAUUAUUUGCUGAAACCCGUUCGAAUUGAGGAGCUGAAGAACAUAUGGCAACACGUCCUCCGAAGAAAGACUUCCUCAGCUAAGAACCAAAACGAGUGCACUAAUGGAAAUGACACUUUAUGUCAAACUGUUGAAGUUGUAAAAGGUUUCCCGUCUGCGGCGAGUGCUGAUAACGGGAAACCUGGUAAAAGGCGGAAAGACGACGAUGACGAUGAGGAAGGAGGUGAAGAAGAGAGCGCAUACGAGACCGACGACUCCUCGUCCCAAAAAAAGCAAAGGGUAGUUUGGUUCGGUGAGCUGCAUAGAAAGUUUAUUGCAGCUGUUAAUCAUUUGGGCUAUGAAAAGGCCGUUCCUAAAAAGAUCCUCGAUCUAAUGAACGUCGAAGGACUCACAAGAGAAAACGUCGCUAGCCAUCUUCAGAAAUACAGGCAGUACCUUAAAAAAAUGUGUACUAAGGAAGCUCAGCAAUGUAAUAUGAUGGCUGCAUUUGGAGGUAAAGACACCUCCUUCAGGCCCAUGGCUUCACUCAAUGGAUUUUCAAUGACGGGAACGGGAAGGCUCUCGAACGCUACGUUCUCGUCGUAUCCCUCUCGAGGAAUCGUUGGUAGAUUAAACUCUACUGCUGGAUUGAGCUUACACGGUAUUGCUUCCUCGGGAAUGAUCCAACAGGGUGCUUCCCAUAACUUGAGUAGCUCAUUGAAUAUACUCGGGAAACCCCAUCCGACUCUCUUGCUUUCAAACAGACCGCCGAGUAUAUUCAACAGUAUUUCGACGCCAUCAGAUCACAUCCAGUCGCAUUGGGACAAACACAACGCACCAUUUAAAGAGUCGAAUUUGAUAAAUGAUGUCUCGAGUUUUACAGUUUCCACGAGCUUCCCUGAUUCUAGAGUGGCUGUUGGUUGCUCAAGCAAUUUUGACUUCGGUGUUUCGAGCCAUUCGUUGAUGUUACAAGGACAUAAGCAACAGAGUCAUGGCAGCGGAGAGUUUCGAGAUCAGUCUUGUUUUAAGGUAUCUCCAAUCAACCCGGAACCCGUAGGCUGCAGCACAGGCGUUUCUAACAUUUUGGGCGGUCAUGGUCAGUCGAACAAAAACUGGCAGGGUGUCUCGCUCACUGGAACUUACCCUUCUGAUGGAAUGCCUGCGAUUAAUUUGACGAUUUCUUCGGCUCAGCCCGAUAACGAAAACUUUCCUGUUGGUUUUCCUUCGACUAGCGUGGACUCGAGUUCUCAGCUUGAUUUAAGAGGGGAGACGCAAUGCUACGACGAACUAAUGGAUCGGGUUGUCGAUGCCAUGAAUGACAGAUCAAAGCAACAAUGGGAAACAGCUAAACAGAAUUACUAUGGCAACCAUAGUUCUAUAUUGAGAAACUCUCUUGUUUCUGGGAAUAGUGUUGCAGAUCCCUUGGACCCGAGUUCAGCAGAUCCGAACAAUGCGAUCUGUCUCGAAAACAUCGGUAGCUCUUUGACUAACCAGUUGAAUAACGACGCUCCCGCCUUCAUUCAGCAAGACGCAGAAACGUUGAUGAUGGAGACUUGGAUGAACUUCGACGGAAAAAGUCUCAUGGAUCCAACAAAGCUACACUAUAGUUUUAGUUCCCUGGACGAGUAGAUGAAUGCUUUGUCGAAACAGGUAUCGUCAAGACGUUUCCUUUUUUCGUAACUAUAUUCAAUUGUUCUCCUAGUUGUAUUCGGAUUACUCGAACAAUAUUCCCCCUUGGUUCAAGAUCGUACAGAUGUAAGAACGAGGACAGAAUAGCAUACGUUUUAGCAGAAUGUAAAAGAGUGGGGCUCGAUGUAACCGGUUACUUAGUUAGAUUAGCGGGACGGGUAAAGGGUUAGUAAGGUCAUAGUUGGUUUUCGAACGGAGCAGGGAGCUCUCGAAUCCGCUCGACAAGUUGUUUCUCAUUUACGUCGCUAUGUGAUGCAGGAUCAUGAUCGAUCUAAUUAAAUAAAUGACGAAUUUGGAUUUGAUACUCACUCUCGGGUCUCUCGGGUCGUCGUGUAUAUGAAGACUCUUGCUGCUGCUGAAUGAUUGGAAAAGGGGAAUGAUUUUUAGAACAGAAUCCCAACACUGUAUCUUCAUGUUUCUUUGAUGAUGUAGUUCUCUUAUCAUUAGCUAUAUUUCUUGCCUGGUUGAUUUGUUACUAGAAUAAUGACAGGAGAACUCGUUCUAUUCUUCUA